AUGCAAUUCUCUUUGGAGUUUAUGCAGAAGAAAUAUUCAAUGAAUAUUCUCAAAAAAACAAACAUUAUGAUGAGCAAUAACUUGACUUCAAGUUGGAUAAAUGAAUAUUCCUCUCCUGCUCAUACCUGUACAGUUGAUGUUCUUUGUGGAAUGGUCACUCAAUUUUCAUCAUCAUUCUCAAACUACUCAAUUAACAAUCAAUGUAUUGAACCAAGUCUAAAUCUUGAUGUUAUUGAGUUUAUGCAGAGUUGGGAAUUAUUAAAGAUGAUGACAACUCCAAAGCAACAAUUAUUUAAUAGACAGCCUGUUGACAAGCCUUCUAUUCAACAAAUGUCAGCCUUCAAUAAUAUCCAAUGUACUAACAUCAGCUCAACAGUUAUGAAUUCUAUUGAUGAUCAUGAUGAUGAUAUGAAGGACACUCCACCACACUUAUCCAAAUCCCAUAUUGUAUUUCCAUCACCUCAACCAUCAACUCAACUGUUCCUAUCACCAACAAAAACAUUAUCUCUGACUCUUAACACCUCAUCUCCUCAUCAGCAACCAUUCAAUAACCAUAACGAAAAUAGCCUGACCAAUACCAUUUCUAAUACUGACACUGCUGAUCAAGUACUUUUAACCAAUUUAGAAUCAUAUCAAUUUCUGAUGAGCAUUAAGAAUCCUUAUCAACAAUAUGUGGAUCAAUCACCACCAUCAUCAUCAAUUGAAAUAUCCAUGAUGCCACUCCAACAACAAACUAAUGUAAACAAUACAUUCAAUGAUAAUCGUAUUCUAAAGAGAAAGAGAAAGAUUUCUAAUGUAUCUUCAUUCGAAUCAGAAAAGAGAAAAACCUCAAGUUCAUCCUCCUCAUCAUCUACAAGUAAUGUAUCCUCAAUUGGUAAUAACAGUUCAUUAUCAACAACAUUCAAAACUCCACUCAAUAAUUGUAUUGUAAUUUCAAAUCCAAAACAUUUGAAAAGAAGAAGAAAAUAUCAAAAGAGAAAGAAUUCAGCCAAUACAAAUCCAGCUCAAACUCAAAUGGAAUUUCAUUUUCCAGUAUGGACAUUUCAUUUAGAAUAA